AUAUUAAUGAUGAAGUCUUAUGUCACAACAAUUUCAUAUAGAACUCGCUCUGUAGUUAUAAAAUAUAAAUUAAGUAUAUUCAACUUGGAAUCCUAUAAAAAUCCCGAUUUUUGGUUUUACUCUGCAUUCUAAAGAAAAAAGAACCAUUGACGUGGUGCGUGUGAUGUAAAGCAAUCGAAAUGCGGUAUUGGGCUAUUUGUGUCGUUUGCUAAACGCGAUGUCUAUAGAGUACGUGGUAGUUAGCGAGGGCGAACAAGAUGAGCCCAUCGAACUGCCGACGGAGGAGGAUGGUUCCCUGUUGCUUAGUACCAUAGCGGCGCAGUUUGCUGGUGCGAGUGGGCUCAAGUACCGUGCUGGUGGGAGGCUACGUGGACUACGGCUGGCAGAUGAGCAUGUCUUACCGCCGGCGGAAGGAUGGGCAGCACACCGUUACUUUUGCGCUUUCCCGCGCAUCGAGUCGGCGACGGCAGCUUUGCGACCGCGGUGCUCGGACCUUAUUGUUCUGGGCCUACCGUGGAAGACGAGCGAAGAAGCCGUACGAGACUAUUUUACAGCUUUUGGUGAACUGUUAAUGGUGCAAGUAAAGCGUGAUACAAAAACGGGCUUGUCAAAAGGAUUCGGUUUUAUUAAGUUUGCUGACUAUGAAGCUCAAAUGAGAGCCCUUGGAAGACGACAUAUGAUAGAUGGGCGUUGGUGUGAUGUUCGUAUUCCUAAUAGUAAAGAAGGUGGAUCAGCAGCUCAUAGAAAAGUGUUUGUGGGGCGGUGCACAGAGAGUCUCACAGCAGAUGAUCUUCGAGAAUAUUUUGAGGUUGCUCAAUCUCUUUGUGGGCAAGACCAUAUUAUUAAAGGUGUGUCAGUGAAUAUCUCAAGUGCAUCGCCAAAGCGUGAACGUGGUUCACGGUCUCAGCUCAUGGGAUGGGGACUAGUGGAAGGUACUCCUCGGGUCUACAGCUGGCCACCUGAUGCUUGGCACCAUUCUGCUCCGCUCACUGACACCAAACCCUACCUCAAGUAUGAGUGAAGCGCCUUGUUAAUUGUUCAUCGUUUUUAUAUUAAGGAGCAAAUAUGUAAAUAAUGAUAAUGUAAAAAUAUUAUUACAGUAUAUUAUUAUUGAAUGUUAAGAAUAUUUUUUAUGAAUACAAUCUAUAUGAGUUGAAGUUUGAAAAAUUUAUAUGCAUAGUUAAAAUUUUUAGCAAAAUAUAACUGAACUUUUCCUUAAUUUAC